AUGCGGACUCAGCAGCAGGGAUCGCAGGGGGGCGUGCCUGGGCCGGGGAGCAGCUACGGCAGCAUCGGCAGCGGCUCGUCCGGCCUGUCCCCCGGGUCCGACUCGGAGGGGGGCAGUCCCACGCACAGAGGGACCAUGGGGCUGGACAUGGGGGGCAGUCCCACGCACAGAGGGACCACGGGGCUGGACACGGGGGGCAGCUCGGGCGGAGGGCUCGGUGGUGGAGGAGGAGGAGGGGGGAGCCUGGGAGGAACUCUGAGAGGCGUCCUGUCCCGCUACUGGAGCCUGGAGAGCCUGCACUCCACCACAGCGGUGGUGGUCCCGGAUGGCCCAGAGAAGUGCAUUCUGGGAGAGGAGGGGGGCAGUGAGGAGGACCUGCUCUAUGAGGACUACCGCAGCUCCUCGCACCGCUUUGGAGUGCCAGGAGGGGGCGGAGGAGAACAGCUGGCCAUCAAUGAGCUGAUCAGCGAUGGCAGUGUGGUGUAUGCGGAGGCCCUGUGGGAUCAUGUGACCAUGGAUGACCAGGAGCUGGGCUUUAAGGCGGGUGACGUCAUCGAGGUGGUGGACGCCACAAACAAAGAGUGGUGGUGGGGCCGCAUCCAGGACAGUGAGGGCUGGUUCCCCGCCAGCUUUGUCCGGUUGCGUGUAAACCAGGACGAGCCCAUGGAGGAUUACCUGUCCCACCUGGAGGAGGGUGAGCCGGGGCAGGAUGACCCGUCACACCUGGGCCUGUACCUGGGCCCCAGCCUGCCCUGCAAAGAGCAGAUGAGAUCCAACGUAAUCAAUGAGAUCAUGAGCACCGAGAGAGACUACAUCAAGCACCUGAAGGACAUUUGCGAGGGCUACAUAAAGCAGUGCCGUAAGCGCACGGAUAUGUUCUCCGAGGAGCAGCUGAGGACCAUCUUUGGGAACAUCGAGGAGAUCUACCGUUUCCAGAGACGAUUCCUCAAAGCUCUGGAGAAGAGGUUCAACAAAGAGCAGCCCCACGCCAGUGAGGUGGGAGCCUGCUUCCUCCAGCACCAGACAGAGUUCCAGAUCUACUCAGAGUACUGUAAUAACCACCCAAACGCUUGUGCACAGCUGUCCAGGCUGGUGAAGCUCAAUAAAUACGUGUUCUUCUUUGAGGCAUGCCGUCUGCUGCAGCGUAUGAUCCACAUCUCUCUGGAUGGGUUCCUCCUCACGCCCGUCCAGAAGAUCUGCAAGUACCCUCUGCAACUGGCCGAGCUGCUUAAGUACACCAACCCACAGCACAGAGACUACAAAGAUGUGGAGGCCGCGCUGGACGCCAUGAAGAACGUGGCUCGCCUCAUCAAUGAGAGGAAGAGACGCCUAGAGAACAUUGACAAGAUUGCCCAGUGGCAGAGCUCCAUCGAGGAUUGGGAGGGCGAGGACAUCCUGAGCCGUAGCUCGGAACUCAUCUUCUCUGGAGAGCUGACCAAACUGUCCCCUCCUCAAACCAAGGGCCAACAGAGGAUGUUCUUCCUCUUCGACCACCAGAUGGUCUUCUGCAAGAAGGACCUCCUGCGCAGGGACAUAUUAUACUACAAGGGCCGGGUGGACAUGGACCAGAUGGAGGUUGUGGACGUGGAGGAUGGGAGGGAGAAGGACUUUAACGUGAGUGUGAAGAAUGCUGUGAAGCUGCGGGCGCGCUCUGGAGACCACCUCCUCCUGUUGUGCGCCAAGAAGCCCGAGCACAAACAGCGCUGGCUCAGGGCCUUCUCAGACGAGAGGAGACAGGUGCUGGCAGACCGCGAGACAGGUUUCUCUCUGACCGAGGUGCAGAAGAAGCAGGCCAUGCUGAACGCCUGCAAGAGCCACCCCACAGGGAAGCCCAAAGCAGUCACUCGGCCGUACUAUGACUUCCUGGUCCGACAGAAGCACCCGUCCCUCCCCACGGCUCUGCCCCAGCAGCAGGUCUUCAUGCUGGCCGAGCCCAAACGCAAGUCUGCCUCCACCUUCUGGCACAACAUCGGCAGGCUCACCCCCUUCAAGAAAUGAAGCGCUCCUCUUCACCAGACUCAUGAACUGAACAGAGGAGCGAGGACUAUGUGAAAGCACUUUAUAGUGGAGAGCAAUCAGACAAUGGGCCUAUGCCACUACUACUACUAUCACUACUGCUAUUACUACUAUUACUACUACUACUACUACUGCUGCCAGUGAUCCGACUCCUGACUGUGCUGCCAUCGAAGUUCCAUUACCUUUUGCCAAUGUCUCUGUG